AUUUUAUGUAAACUUUGCGAAGUUUUGUGUGCGAUGGCGGUGGAUAUGUUCCUCAGGGGGUCUGGAUUUUUAAGAAAUAUUCCUCUGUUCUCACAUUUUUGCCUUAACAUGAAAUUAUUAACUAUUUUAGUGUGUAUUUGUCAUGUACUCCACAGUACUUUAGGUAUAGAUAAUUCGUGUUAUGACUCCAACGGCAGGGCACAAAAAUGUGUUCCAGAAUUCGUGAACGCUGCUUUCAAUCUUACCGCUGAUGCUACGAAUACUUGUGGAUUAACUGGGCCGCAGGAGUUCUGUCUACAGACUGGUGUUACAGGUGCACGCAAGUCGUGUGGCCACAUCUGCGAUGCUGGUAACCCAUCGCAGAAGCACCCCCCUGAUUUCAUGACGGAUUUUAAUACCCAGAAUUACUGGACCUGGUGGCAGAGUGAGACAAUGUUGGAACGAAGAUCAGACUGGCUUAGUUCCAGACAACAGCAUGUCAACAUCACCCUUAGUCUCGGGAAGAGCUUUGACGUGACAUACAUUCGUAUACGCUACCACUCGCCCAAACCGGAAAGCUUUGCCAUCUACAAGCGUACAACAGAGGACAGUGAGUGGGAGCCAUACCAGUUCUACAGCGCCUCCUGCGGGCGAACCUACGGCCUCCCGUACCGGGGCAUCAUCACCAUAGACAAACCGGACGUGGCCACUUGCACAGAUGAGUACAGUGACAUUUCCCCACUCACCGGAGGGGAGGUGCCCUUCUCUACACUCGAGGGGCGACCUGGAUCGGAGAAAUUUGAGAAUAGCGCAGUGCUUCAGGAAUGGGUCACGGCUACGGACAUUCGUAUCAUGCUGACCCGCAUGAACACAUUCGGUGAUGAGAUCUUUGGUGACCCCCGGGUACUGCGCUCCUACUUCUACGCCAUCGAUGACCUGGCAGUCGGAGCUAGGUGCAAGUGUAAUGGACACGCCAACAAGUGCGAGAUCGGGCCAAACCGUGAACUUGUGUGUGAAUGUCAGCACAACACCACAGGGCCAGACUGCAACAUCUGUAAACCAUUCUACAACGACCGACCUUGGGCCAGGGCCACAGAAAAUGAUGCAAUGGAGUGUCUACCCUGCGACUGUAACGGCAUGAGUAAUGAGUGCUACUUUGACGCGGAGCUGUACCGCAACACAGGUCACGGGGGUCACUGCACAAACUGCCGAGACAACCGAGGGGGUGUAAACUGUGAGCAGUGUCUGCCCAAUCACUACAUCAAAGCUGAUACCAAUCGGUGUACGGCCUGUAACUGCGAUCCUACUGGUUCGGAGAAUCUUCAGUGUGAUGAUUCGGGUCAGUGUCAAUGCAAGCCCGGUGUCACUGGCAAGAUGUGUGACCGAUGCCAGGAAAAUUAUUAUGACUUUAGCAUAUAUGGAUGCAGACCGUGUGGUUGUGUAGCAGAUGGUAGUCGUGACAACAAGCCUCAGUGCAACUCUCAGACAGGGGCGUGUGUGUGCAAGGACUUCGUAGAGGGACAGAACUGUGACAGGUGCAAGCCAGGUUACUUUGGUCUGGAUGGUGCCAACCCGUACGGCUGCGUGUCAUGUUUCUGCUACGGGCACUCUUCCAUCUGCACGGUUGCCACUGGAUACUCACCGCGGUCCAUUAUCACUGACUUUGAAACAGGCAAGCAGGGCUGGACAGGCCUAGACAGGGGCAACAACCCCAUUGAGACGCAGUACAACGGCAUCCUUCAGAACCUGGGUAUCUCAGCUCCCAAUAACAACCCCAUGGUUUACUUCUCUGCACCAGCGCGCUACUUAGGUGAUCAGCGUUUUAGCUACAACCAGUUCCUCUCAUUCAAACUGCGUAUUGGGGAGGAGCAGGCAGCCCCUUCCAUCAUUGACUUGAUAAUAGAGGGUUCCGGCCAGCAGAUCUCCAUACCAUUCUACUACCAGAAGAACCCCACCCCUGGUCUGCAGGUGGAGACCUUCAGGUUCCGGUUGAACGAGCUUCCCGAAUAUCAGUGGCAUCCCAGACUCACUGCUGAGACCUUCAUCUCCAUACUGGCUAACAUCACAGCUAUUAAAAUACGUGGAACAUACAAUAACGAAGGUGUUGGAUUCAUCGAUGACAUUCAGCUGGACACUGCCCGGCGCGGUUUCAACGGAGAAGCAGAAGCAAAGUGGGUGGAGAGUUGCACAUGUCCAGAGGGAUAUAUCGGUCAGUUCUGUGAGUCCUGUGCCCCGGGAUACAAGCGUGAUCCUGCUUUUGGCGGCCCCUUUGCCAGCUGCGUGCCGUGUGAAUGCAAUGGUCACAGUGAACAGUGUGACCCCAGAUCGGGUCGCUGUAUCUGCAACCACAACACAGAGGGGGACCAGUGCCAGCUCUGUGCCGAGGGUUACUAUGGUGACGCCAGGAAAGGGAUGCCAGACGACUGCAAGCCCUGUCCGUGCCCAGGACAGGGCCCAUGUGUACAGCUGUCUGGUGGGGAGGUUGUGUGUACAGACUGCCAGGAGGGAUAUGGAGGCAAUCUAUGUGACAUUUGUCUGGACGGAUAUUUCGGGGACCCGAAGGGCUGGUUUGGAACAGAGCGACCUUGCAUGGAGUGUGACUGCAACACCAACAUCGACCCCAACGCCAUCGGUAACUGUAACAGGACCACUGGAGAAUGCAGGAAGUGUAUCUACAACACCGCAGGCUUCUCCUGUGACAAUUGCCUGCCCAACUACUUUGGAGACCCUCUCGCAGACGAGAAAGGAAAUUGUAAAGCGUGUAACUGCUACCCCCCUGGCACGGAGAGUGUGGGCGUGUUGUCCUGCAACCCACAGACAGGAGACUGUCCCUGCCUGCCCAAUGUGAAGGGACGCCAGUGUAACCAAUGUGAGGUCGGAUACUGGAACCUGGAGAGCGGCCAAGGUUGUGAGGCGUGUAUGUGUGAUCCUAUCGGUUCCCUAAAUACCACCUGUCACCUGGGUACCGGUCAGUGCCAGUGUAAACCAGGGGUCACUGGAAGAAAGUGUGACCAGUGUGACCGCUUCUUCUUUGGAUUUUCAACUGUAGGCUGUACAGCAUGUAACUGUGAUCCCGAGGGCUCCCUGGACAUGCAGUGUGAUGAGAAUGGCUACUGCUCCUGUGUGGAAGGAGUGGAGGGCCGACACUGUGACCGGUGUAUGGAGAACAAGUACAACAUCACUGCAGGCUGUAUAGAUUGUCCCCCCUGCUACAGUCUAGUGCAAGAACGUGUCAACGUUCAUCGUGGCAAACUAAGAGAGCUCAGCAACCUCAUUGUCAACAUCGGCAACGACCCGACGGCCUUCAAUGACACCAAGUUCUUGGAGCAGCUUAAGGUUGUGAACGACUCUGUCAAUGUCCUAUUGAAUGAUGCACAGGGUGCAGGAAGUGACAAUGGCACGAUAGGUCAGCAGCUGGAGAAGCUAAAAGAGAACAUCCUGGAGGUGUUGAACCGGUGUGGAGAGGUGACCCGGAACAUCCUGACAGCAGGGCAGACGGCAGAGGAGAGCCUGGGAGACAUCAGUAGUGCUGAGGAGGCUAUUAGCAGGGCGGAGAUGUCCCUGAAGGCUGCAGAAAACUACAUUGACACCGAGGGUCAGGCUGCACUACAGAGAGCCAGGGAGGCACUGGAGAAGUUUGGUCAGCAGUCCAGGCAGAUGACAGAAAUAGCCACCGAGUCCAAACAGCUCUCCAUGAGCCAACUUGAGGAAGCCAGGCGUAUAGAAAUGCUGGGUAAGAAGGCCCUGGAGACAUCCAAUGAGGCCUUGCGUCUCGCCAGGGAGACCAUGCAGAUGCCUCAGGACAUCAAGAGGGACAUAGAGGACUUGAAAAAGAGAGCUGAGGAUGCCAGCAAGCUGUAUGACCGUACCAAGUUCUUUGCCAACAAGGCCCUGAACAUGUCCACGGAGGCGUACAAUGAGGCCCUGGACCUGUACAGCCAGGCUGUGUCCCUGCAGGUGCCCUCUGUGAACACACAGCAGCUGGUACUGGAGGCUGACAUCAUCAAGAAGGAGGCUGCCCGUAUCAAGAAAGCUGCUUCCGAUCUAAUGGCUGAGAACCAGAACCUGUUCGAAGAGGCUGCCACUCAACGAGAGGAGGUGCAGAAGCUUCUGGACAGUGGAAUUACACACCAACAGCGUGCCGAUCUGUUGCUUUCCGAGGUUGAUGCUGCUCGGGCCAAGGCUCUGAAAGCCGUGGAAACAGGAGAGGAGACUCUACGCGAGGCCAACGAAACUCUCCAGACUCUGCUAGGUUUCAACCAGGUUGUUCAGGACAGUCGAGGCAAGGCAGAGGAUGCCCUUGAGAAGGUUCCAGAGAUUGAGGCAAACAUCAGGGAGGCCGAGGCUAGAACCCAGGAGGCCAGGGAUGCACUCAGUGGGGCAGGAAGUGACGCGGCAGAGGCCCUACGUAUCGCCCAGGAGGCUGAGAAAAUGGCUCAAGGGGCCUCUGAUGAGGCGAGUCGUAUCCGUCAAGAUGCAGGCCAAACCAAGCAGAAGGCUGAGAAGCUGCUGGAUGAUGCAGACCAGCUGGACAAAGACGUGUCAGACUCCAAGGAGCAGGUGGACAACCUCAAACUGAAGGCUGAUACCGACAGGGACCAGACAGAUAAUGCCUUACAGAAGGCAGGUGCCGCCAAGCAGUCUGCUAAGGAAGCUGCAGACAGAGUGGCAGACGCUUUAGCCAAGGUGGAAAACAUCAGCCAGAUACUUUCUACGCUGCGUGACCUUGACACUGCAGAACUUGAUCGCCUGGAGACUGAGCUGGCCGCUGCAGAGGCAGUGCUCCAGAAUGCAGACCUGGAGGCACAGUUUGCCAAACUCACCACAGCCAAUAACCAGUUGAAGGUGUGGGUGCAGGAGUACAGCCAGGACUUGUCAGAGCUGGAGAAGGACGUUCAGAAUGUCAAGGACAUCAUGGACUCGCUGCCCACCGGCUGCUUCAAGAACAUCGACAUAGAGACACCCACUGCACAGUAACCAAGGUUAUGGAACACCAGAACUAUUACCUUGGUGAUAUGACCACCAUGACCUUGGGGUUGGCGCAAACUUGACCUUAGAGAACAACGAACUACCCAAACCUUGAACUCUAUAUAAGUGUCCCUCAAAAGGCAUUUGUUUCAUCAAAUAUAAUAUCCUGAAAAAACAGAAAUGUGUUUGUUGACGGAGCUACUCUUGUCAUGAAUGUAGAAAUGUUAGUGCAACAAUAUGACAUGUCUGCUUGAAUGUACGGCAUACUGUUGUCAUUGUUGUUAUUAAAUAUUAGGAU